AUGGCCCGACUCAACGAGCCCAUGGUGUCGACAGAUAGCGUGGAAACGCUGCGUCGAAAGUUCUUACGCCAGAAUCGAGACAUCGCCCGCGUAAACUCGACCCAAUCGCUUAAGAUACGCAACUUGGAGAAUGAAUGUGUCCGCCUCCUAUCCGAGAACCUUGACCUCCGGGGACAAAUUCUCCGACUCCAGACCGAGUUGGAAGAGAGCAGAGCCCAGAGGAUAGCCGACCACGCCCUCGAGAUCAAGGAGAAGAUGGAGGCCCAGCUGAUAGAAUGGGGGGCUAUGCUUGCGAGUCUAGGACACGAGCCCGCACCUAAGAAUCGGUCGCCGAGAGAGUCGAAGAAGGUGAAACGUAGAUCCAGCAUUGGCCGCACUAGCAUGUCCGAGUGGAGGAGGAGAGAUACGAUGACCUCGAUGAAGGACCUCGAAGCUGCCGCACUUCAGGAGGGCAGACUGCCGCCGAUUUGGGAAAAUAAGACAUGUCCACGUGAGACGUUAACGCGCGAUGAGAUCAUGGCGCUGCGCUCUAUAGUCGACGAGAACACCGAAUCUCCAGAUCUUGGCCCUCCGCCGGUGUCACGUUUCGUUGACGAGGACCCUGUCAAGAUUGACCUGCCUCCUAGGGCCGCUUCGGCUACGUCGGAGGGAUCGCCUAUACGGAAGGAAACCCCGAACCCGGAGACCAAGCUUGAUCCGCCACCACUACUAUUGAGAGACGAAAAGAAGCCUCGAAAGUUUAGCGAGGUGAUGGAGACGGACGCUAAGCCUAGAGACACCAGGACAACUCCGGAAGCCGAGCCCGAAUUCUCGAAUCAAGUUGUUAAAGCCGGCUUGAAGAGGAAAUCGAGAGAGGAUGACGAGAAGGAUAGUGCUGCGGCGUCCAAGCCGUCGACGCAGAGUACUGUAGUCGCGAAGGAUCAACUCGAGAAGUCCGCCGCAGUCAAGGGUCGACCGAUCAAUAGACCAAUCAAACUUCCCUCAAACCGCAGAGAUUCUCGGGGAAGGCCAUCCGACUCCAUCGUGAGAAAGCCGCUGGGAGCGAAGAGCUCAAACGAGAACAUGCAAUCGCCAAAGAAGAUGGCAAAAACCACAAACAUGGAGGAGACCACAAAGGACAUCCCCAAACCAAAGAAAAUGAACAUAUCUCCACCGGUCGAGAUCCUCGCCCCCCCAAGCCCGCAGCCGGUACCUGUUGCCAGCAUAGAAAUCGAGCCCGAGAGACUCUCGACCGAACCUCACCUGGGCGCGCCGGAUACGCCGGAGCCAGCGCCGCGGGAGGAAGUUCGGGACACGCCGCCGCCGGCCGACAUCUCGGCGCGAGGGGAGACGUCGCGGGGGAGCCGCCGGGCUCGGGCUCCGGUCAGCUACGCCGAGCCGAACCUGCGGGAUAAGAUGCGGCGGCCUACGAAGCAGCUGUUCGACGCGGUGUCGGGCGAGGGCAAGCACCUGCGGCGGACGAGCCAGUCGAAGCGGGACGAGCUGCCGUCGUGCCCGUCCUCCGCCGCCAAGUCGGAAGAGCGCUCGGCGCCCUGGCGGGACGCGCCCUCGGCGGCGGGCGGCAAGCCGGCUCCGGACGCCGCGGCCAGCCCGCUGGCCCAGAAGGGCCCGCGCGCGCCGGCCGCCGACGACUUGCCGACGAGCGGGGUGACGGAGCGGAGGAAGCGCACCUCGGCGGUCGCCGCGGCCCCGGGCGCGGGGGGCUCGGAGUCGCCCCCGUCGGCCCGUGCCGGCGGCAGCCACGCGAAGCCGGGCGCGCGCGCGACGAACCGCCGCCGCCUCGACGAGGUGGCGGCGCGGGAGGCCGAGGCUGCGAGGUGGUUCGACGACGCGGAGCAGGACGACGAGGCGGAGCAGGACGACGAGGCCGAGAGCGAGGCCGACGACGACGGCGACGACGACGGGCCCGACGUGUACGACUUCCCGAGCUCGUCGCCCGGGCGCGAGGCGAAGAAGCAGGGCGCCGCGGCCGGCAAGAGGCCCGGCGGCAGGGGGGCCCGGCGGUCGCGGUCGCGGCGGCCGACGGCGGCGCGCGAGGAGCUGGACGCGGACGAGGAGCACCGGCGGGCGGCGCCGCACCGCGCGGAGAAGGCGCUGCCGCCGCCGUCGCGGCCCACGCGCCGCGCGUCGGCCAUGGCCUCCAGCAACGCCGCGGCGCGAGAGGCCAGCGGCGACGGCGCGGCCCACGACGGGUCCUCGGUCUUCGAGGGUGACAGCUCGCUCAGCAGCAGCAGCGGCGGGUCGUCGUUUGCGGCGGAGGUGGAGGCCGAGGCCGCGAGGGGCCGCGUUUCGAUGAGGCGGCGGAGCAUGAUGUUAUGA